CAGAAUUUUUAUCUAUUGCUAGCUCCUGCUGUUUCGACAAAUUACAAAAAUAUUCAUAUGCGUGUAGUUAGAAAAAGCAAUUUGCAAGUUAUUUUAUGUAAAAAAGAGUAACUUUAUGAAACUAUUUAUUGAGUUCACAAGUAACAAAGUAUCUGAAGUGAACAAAAGUUAUUAUUUGUAACAAGUUCCACCCAAGAUUGCUUACUUUUUAACUCUCAAAUACAUUUGUGCGUCUAUCGCAAUAUGGCCGUCUUGUAAUGAUUUGGUGGUCCGCGAUAUUAUUUUGAUUUCAUCUCGCACUAAAUAGCAUAAUGGAACUCCGUGUCGGUAAUAAAUACCGACUGGGUCGCAAAAUUGGCUCCGGAUCAUUUGGAGAUAUUUAUCUGGGAACAAACAUAGUGACCAGAGAGGAGGUAGCUAUAAAAUUAGAAUGUAUCAAGACAAGACAUCCACAAUUACAUAUAGAGAGCAAAUUUUACAAACUGAUGCAAGGUGGAGUGGGCAUCCCGGCAAUAAAAUGGUGCGGCUCGGAAGGCGACUACAAUGUUAUGGUGAUGGAACUGCUCGGCCCCUCUCUGGAGGACCUGUUCAACUUCUGCUCGCGCCGCUUCUCUCUCAAGACUGUGCUGCUCCUCGCUGACCAGUUGAUUUCGCGCAUCGAGGACAUACAUUACAGAAAUUUCAUCCAUAGAGAUAUCAAGCCGGACAACUUCCUAAUGGGCCUAGGUAAAAAAGGAAAUUUAGUGUACAUAAUAGAUUUUGGUUUAGCAAAGAAGUACAAAGACCCGCGCACACUGCAGCACAUCCCGUACAGAGAAAACAAGAAUUUGACUGGCACCGCCCGGUACGCGUCUAUAAACACUCACCUGGGCAUAGAGCAGUCGCGACGCGACGACCUGGAGUCGCUCGGGUACGUGCUGAUGUACUUCAACCGCGGCUCGCUGCCGUGGCAGGGGCUCAAGGCGGCCACCAAGCGGCAGAAGUACGAGAGAAUAUCCGAGAAGAAACUGUCCACACCGUUUGACGAACUUUGUAAAAACCACCCGAUCGAGUUUCAACUAUAUCUGAAGUACUGCCGGCGGCUGCGCUUCGAGGAGCGGCCCGACUACAGCCACCUGCGCCAGCUGUUCCGCACGCUGUUCCUGCGGCAGGGCUUCACCUACGACUACGUGUUCGAUUGGAACAUGCUCAAAUUCGGCGGACAGCGCGGCAACUACCAGAGCUCCGGCAACGAGCGCACGCUGCGGCGCCACGAGCCCGCCGCCGAGCCCGACGCCGCGCCGCAGCCCGGCACCACCGUCGCCGCCGUCGCCGAGUGGCGGUGAGCCGCGCCGCGCCGCCCGCGCCGCCCGCCCCGCCCGCCCACUCCCACGCGCGUCACAGUACGGCCGCUCUAACGCGCCGCUCACGUCAUGCGCCACGGUUACACACUGCGCGGCCGCGUCAACAGUUACUGUGGGCCAGUCCGUCAGUAGCUUGCACCUGAGAUACUACAUUUUUUGUUUACAUUAUUAUAUGACCGGUUCAGGCAUGUCGAGCUACUGGCGUGCGAAUCGACGGCAGUGACUAUCCACUGUCAAACUUGACACCUCGCACUGUGUAACCAACACAUCGAUGAUGAGCAGCGUCGCGAUGUUUGACGAGGUGGAGCGUGACUAAGUGCGUACAAGGCGGGUGAAGUGCCUAACUUCAGACCGGCCCACUUAGAUCGGUCGUACUGUACAUAUUGUUGUAAAUUAUUUCACCUAGGGUACGACACCUUGUACUUUAUGCUCAGUUGUAUUUAGAAUAUGUAUCGUUGUUCUCGUGAUGUCGAUGGUGGAUGGAAUUAGUGAAUAAUUUGUAACAAAGUUGGCGGUUAAUCGACCGGUUCUGUUUCAAAUUAAUAUAACAGUGCGGUUUGUUGAGCUCGCAUUGAACAAAUCACGAGGGACUCGGAGUGUGAGUGACACCGACUGCCGCUUCAGGUGUGUGGCGAGACAGCUUCAGUAUGUCGAGGCAGUGACGCAGUGCUUACGGUCUGACAGUGAUGCAGUGCAAAGUGACGGAAACAGGUACAAUUGGUUAUAGUGCCGUUUUAAAUCAGAUAAAAAGUGUUACACACACAAAUAAUUGAAGUAAUAUUGUAUUAUAUGCUCAGAACUUGGCUUUAUAUGUUGUAUAUUGUUUUGAAAAUAGUUAUUGGAAGCAUCGAGUAAGAAGGAAAGCCAAAAUGUCAUUUUAUAGUCUAAUUGUAUGAAGAUUCACCGACCGAUGUUGAUUCGUUGGUCGGACGCUAUACACAAGUUACUCUAAUUCUACGCGUUUUCAUAAAAUGUGUAAGAAUGCUCUAUGUAGUGGAAUUCAUGUAUUUGCAAUUAUAAAUUACAUAAUUAUUGUAUUGAUUUUGAUUGUGCAUAAGCAAAUAUUGCAAUAACAGUAUGAUUUUAAUAAUACCGUCAGUUGGAAUGUGCAAUAUAGUGAUAUAAUUUAUUAUAUAAAUUCAAUACCUACUAUAGAUUAUUGGUUUACGAAUCGUCUUCCAAUUACGUUUCAUAUCUUCCUUGAUUUUGAAUUUUAUGUUUCGAAGGUUUGACAUUUCCACAUUGCGCGCACUGCCAUAGAUUUACGAGAUUUUGUGUUGUAUUAGUCUUGAUGUGAUUAGAUAUAACUUAGAUAGUGCAUUACAUUUAUAUUUAAUGAAAAUAUUUCUAUUUGCUUAAUUAUAUGGUAUUAACUAUUGUAUUUAUAUCAAUCACAUUUCACAUCUGUAAAUUAGUGUCGAUAAGUUUCAUUAUAAACGACCUGAAUAUUAGACCCGAGUGGAUGUCUCACUCGGAUACAAAUUGAAUCGAAAAUAUUAAUACAUAAACAUAAUAAUGUCGAUAAGUGAUACUCUAGAAAAAAAUAUCGACAAUCGGGUGUAGAAUCGGUGAUCUCUAGUAACUUACCAAAUUUUCAAUAUUCUCGGUUACCAUGUAUGAAUGGUUAUCAGCUUUUUUACAAGGCAAAUGUAUAGUAAUACUAGAUGUUGGCAAUUGUGCGCUCUGCACGAGUCGAUAUCGAUUGUCAACAUUUAGAAUUUUUAAUUUGUCGCUAUUGUAUCGAUUUGUCUAUGGCCACGAUCUAUAGUCUAUGAUCUAGUGGUCAUAGAUACAUGCUUUGAAACCACAUGUAUAAAUAUUGUAACAAGAGCGGAUUCAGUGCGUGGGGUCUAUGCCCCCGCUUGUUAUUAGAGCACAGACAAGCUUUCAGGUUCCACUAUGUUAUAUGUGUAAACAUAUUUACAUAUUGUGCAUAUCGAAGGCUUCACAUUGUGCGUUUCCAAACUGGUUUUGAGACCAUAAAGACCUUAUUAGGUCCCUGAAUAUAUGAAAGAAUUAUACAAACCAUGCUUUAUCUAUGGUAUAUUGAGUUGUAUCGCAAUUCAUUAUUGUUAUUGUAGUUUGUAAUUAAAUGUAAGGAUAUAUUUAUAUGGCGACAGGCCUUUGUAACGAUUAACAGAAUUUAUCCUCUUGUAUUGACUGGAUCCGCCCUUGUGUUGCUGUGGGGCUCGGGACGCGGGCGCGACACACGCGCGCCCAAAUAAUGUUCGCUGAAUUUAAGUUGCAUAGAAUUAAAUGGGCCUCGGUAUACAAAGUAUUGCGACGGCAAUAGCCAUGUCGAAUGUCUAUGACUAGCCGAGCUAGGACAGUGGUUUGACUUCCCUGUACAGGGUUUUGAUUGGUCCCUAGGUCACGUGGUUUGUCUUCAGCCUUUUGAUUGGUUCACCACAAGAGUAGCGAGAUUCGGUUUCGACUCGCAAUGAUUAUCGACAGUAGCUGUUGUUUGUUGGCAGAUGCGAGUGUACCGCGGCCCCAUAUUGCAUAUUGUAUGAUAUAGUAUUACGCUGUGUAGCUGUUGUCAGGUACAGAAUGCGUGGUGUUCAUCGCUCGUUUAUCUCUUAAAUAUGACUGAGAAUUAGGUUCAAUCUUAUGUAAAUAUAUCGAAUUAGAUUUGUUUUAAGGGAUUUAUAUCGCAAAAGCUCUGAGUGUUUAUAUCCUGUUGUCAAGAUAACGAUAAUGUAAGUUUUAGUUUAAUUAUACAUACUAGUAGGGAUUUAUUUGAAAUCGAGCAUUUAUAUUCCAGCGAGGGUGUUGCGUGAGUGGACGCGGAUCAGCGGCGAGCGUGUCAUGUCGUUUUACGUUGACAAUAAUGUUGUGUUUGAAGCGAGCGGUUCGCUGGAGCGGUCGCGCCGCAGGACCGCCGCGCCGCCGCGCCGCCGACGGGUGCAUCCCAAACGCUUCUCGCGAGUGAAGGUCGUGAUUCGUGGCUUGCUCCUGUUUAGUGUACGCUCUGACCGAGAAAGACUAUUGACUUAAUUUUGUAAAUAAUACGUUUUAAGGUAUAUAGAUAAGCGGACACACUGUUUUUUACAAUAUCCUAGGAGAUCGAAAUACAUUCGUAACUGUUGUAGCGAUAAUGUGAUUUGUAUUGAUUUGCCGUUCCGACCGCCUUCGGCCGGGGGGUCAGCCCCCCGACCCUACUCGUACGACGCCGGAGGGAAUAAAUUUAAAUUUGUAGUGUUUAGGGUGGAUAAGAUAUUUAGAGAGCGAGCGUGGAGUCUAUUGCAUAUGAUAAUUAGAAUUUGAAAGUUUUGUUCCCUCUGGGUGAAUGCACGUAACACGAGACUAACCUUGUAGUUGUCUAAAGAUGUAUUUUAUUUUACCUUGUCCUGUGGUAUGUUCGUCUAAACGCAUACGUUUUAUGCUAGCCUAUCUUAGCAUAAGCAUUAUAAACAAAUUGUUAUGCUUGCAUUGUUUUCAUGUCCAGUAUGUAUAAAUUCUUUUGGCACAAUAAACCGAUAAAACAAU